AUGCCGAUACCUCCGCAGACAGUACACAGCAAUGGAGGAAAGCAUGUCUUCGUGUCCACAAUCUCAAGCCCCAAUGUUCACGAGUACCGCAAUGAAUCAGAGCAUGUGGUCAUCAAGCAAACAACGGCUGAGGAGGUCAACAUCCUAAGGCGAGUGGGCAAGAAUCACCCGAACAUAAUCCGGUACAUUGACAGCCUAGGUGACGAAAUCGUGGCGGGGUACAAAACGUGCCCAAAACUCCUGCUCGUGAUGGAAAAAGCCGAUGGAGGUACUCUCAAAGACCUCGUUGCGCACGUCAGAGGUUUGAACACUGCUCGCAGGCCCACAUUUGUCCUCCCGGCUCAGUUUCUCUAUAACGUCCUUGCCAGCCUCAUUGAGGCUGUGUUGUACCUGGAGACGUCCCUCACAGUACCCAUGCAGCACAUUGAUUGCCACAUCGGGAAUGUCGCCUUCUUCAGACGACGUUGUUCCUGGCCCUCGGUCAAGAUACUGGAUUUCAACAGGGUCCAGCCUGGUGGCAAAGGGUAUCCGUCCCCAGCGAUUGGCGUCUUUGCUAGGGGUCUGCUCCAGCACCGGUGCGUCUUGCCGUCGGAGUUUGUUGACAUUCUUGAGGAGCUGUCAGCGCCCCUGACUAGUCUUGGCAUUCUGACGAGUGUUCAGGCUCUUGUGUUGGCCAGAGCCCGGAAGUGUACUCCUCCCCGUAGCCACCAGUGGCUGACUGAGUACUUCGAUUCGCAGUGA